AGCGGAAAAGAGAAGAGCAGACGGCAGUGAAGGUGGGCGAACCGCCGUUCACCACAGCUGCACCUCCCGAGGAGAAUAGGCCCAACAAUCAGCGUCAAAGCCCCGAGCCGGACCCAACAACCGUUGGUGUUAAAGCUGCUGAAUCCAGCCAGACUGGGCAAUCCGAAUCCCCAGAAGACCGUGCCAACUGCGUUCUCAUGAUGGCCAAGAUCAUGUACGACGACCCAGACCUCCAAGACGGGCAGACACCUCCGUAUUUCUUCGAGCCUUUGAACAGGCCUCGCAGAGAUUCAGGCCUAUCUUUCCUAAGCCAGCUUGUGAAUCACAGCGCCGUCCCACACACUUCUCUCUUUGGGCCUUUUGUCGGCGGAGGAUCCGCAGGUGGAGCAGGUCAACCGCCGCGCAAGCCAUCUGGGGGCGACAACAGGCUUCCGCCCCCUUCUCCGCCCGCACCGGCAGACGAAACAGAGGACUUCGAGAGAUAUCCGCUCGACAGAGAAGCUAUCGAAGCCCUGUUGGAUCAGCCCUACUCCGACAAUGACAACCCGUUUCUUCCUACCGAGGCGACAGCAGCACUCCCGACUCUUGAGCAGAACGAGAACGAGAACUCUGAGACUGUUGCAACUCCCACAAGACGCGGCACCACACUGCGCCGUAUCUUAGCAAGAAUGCCUAGUAGGCGGGGCAAGUCGUCCAGCUCCCGUCCACCAACCCACCCAACCCACCCGGCGCGCACCAGAAUCGAUCAAAAGAACAAGGAAACUGAGCGCAAUGGAAAGGGCAAGGAGCGAAAGGAGGGGACAAAGGAACAACAUGCAGCACGUCAAGCUGAGGAGCGCACACACCUCAUCCGAUUCCUCACGACCAUGGACCAACAGGUCGUAGACCGGUAUCGUCUUGAGACUCUGAGCGGACGGGAGCGUCUGCUGGCGCGCAGGGGCCAGCUUCGAGAGCACGUCCUGCUGCGGUUGGCAAAUCUAGGCGUGCAGCCAUAUGAAGUUCGCGACGACGUUACUUUCCAGGCAGCUAUUUUGCUUGUGCUGGAGGUGGAGAGGCUGUUGCUACCCCAAGUUCGAGAGCGUGAGUCUGCGGCGAGGGAGGCACAAGACAGGGUAGCCCAGGCGGACGAAGCCCAGGAGAACAUAGCCCAGGAGAGCAACGCCCAGGAAGACGAAUCCCAAGAGAACGACGCCCAAGAGAACGAGCCCCAAGAGAACAAGCCCCAAGAGAACGAGCCCCAAGAGAACGAGCCCCAAGAGAACGAAACCCAGGAGGACGAAGUCCCCGAGAAUGACGCCGGCGAGAGCGAGCGGCAUAAUAGGACGGACAGUGCGACGGACAGCGAUUCUAAGAAGACGUUGCCCGGAGGCAAUAUCGGUUUCGGGAGGAGCUUCAGGUAUGCUGACGCAGCUUAG